UACGAAUUCAUCUUUUGAACGUAAUAGGUCCAAUAGAACUUUUAGGUUAGUUUGUGUUAGAAGCUGAAAGUUGUGAUAGUGAUUCUAUAAAUUUGGACUCAAGCAGCAUACUUAUUGAAUAAAAUGGGUGAUAAAGAAGCGAAAAAGGAGGAAAGGAAACCUAUUGUAGUAAAAAAUGCUACUGACCUUCAAAGGUUGAAGUUGGAAAAGCUUAUGAAGAACCCUGAGAAACCAGUAGUUAUACCAGAACCACCAAAGCAGAAAUCUCUAACAGCACCUCCCGACUUUGUCCGCAAUGUGAUGGGCUCCAGUGCAGGCGCGGGCUCCGGAGAGUUCCAUGUUUACCGCCACUUGAGAAGGAAAGAAUAUGCUAGACAAAAGUUUAUUCAGGAAAAAAGUGAAAAGGAAAAACUGGAUGAUGAGUAUCAUAACAAAAUAGAAGAAAACAGGAAAGCAGCAGAGCAAAAAACUGCCAAAAAAAGAGCCAAAAGAUUAAAACAAAAAAUGAAGGCAAAACUUAAGGGGAAAAAGCCUAAAACAAAUAAAACUGCUUAUAAUUCCUCACAAUCUGACAGUGAUAGCAACACUGAGGAUGAAGAAAAUGAAAAUGAGGAGGGUGAAAAUAAAGACUUGAGUGAAAACAAAAAUGAAGAAACUGUGAAGCAAUAGUAUGUGAGGACAUAAAU